GACGCCCCAGAGCGGAAGAGGGAAGUGGAGGCGACAGCCUGUGGGUUCCUGCUGGGCAGGGGUUGCUCUGGUAGAGGUAGCACCGAGAGGAGGCCUUUGCCACCGGUGGGGAUCGGAGAUGUCGAAGAACACGGUGUCGUCGGCCCGGUUCCGGAAGGUGGACGUGGAUGAGUACGACGAGAACAAGUUCGUGGACGAGGAAGAUGGGGGCGACGGCCAAGCCGGGCCCGACGAGGGCGAGGUGGACUCUUGCCUGCGACAAGGAAACAUGACAGCCGCUCUACAGGCAGCUCUGAAAAACCCCCCUAUCAACACCAAGAGUCAGGCAGUGAAGGAUCGAGCAGGCAGCAUUGUCUUGAAGGUGCUCAUCUCUUUUAAAGCUAAUGAUAUUGAGAAGGCAGUUCAAUCUCUAGACAAGAAUGGUGUGGAUCUCCUAAUGAAGUAUAUUUAUAAAGGCUUUGAGAGCCCCUCUGAUAAUAGCAGUGCUGUGUUAUUGCAGUGGCAUGAAAAGGCACUUGCUGCUGGAGGAGUGGGGUCCAUCGUUCGAGUCUUGACUGCAAGGAAAACCGUCUAACCCAGCAGGAACUGGAUAUCUGCUGGGCUGUGGGAGUUGCUGGUACAAAGACCAAAACAACCAAAUGCCACUGCUGCCCUGUGGGUAGCAUCUGUGUCUCUCAGCUUUGCCUUCGUGCUUCCUUUUUCAUAUCUGCAAAGAUAAAAACUACACGUGUCAGUUUUCCUUUAAUGAAAAUUGGGAUAAUAUAGAAGAAAUUUUGUUUCAACAGAAGUGUUUCAUGUUCACAGAACCAUUUCAGUGAUGUGUAUACCAGUCUGUAUAUAGUAUAAUUUACAUUCAAGUUUAAUUGUGCAAUUUUUUAAUCCUAUUGGCUGGGUUUUUUGUUUUGUUUUGUUUUGUUUAAUCUAAUACUGAGAGAUUUGAUCAGAAUUUGAGGCCAGUGUUCUAACUCACUGCUAGCCAGGCAAUGAUUUUUAUAAAAAAUACGAGAGACUGGCAGCUAAUUAACAUUGCAAAACUGGACCGUACUGCCACUAUUUAAGCUAAAUAUGUUUCUGGAACAAAUGGUGGGUGAGCACCAUGGCCAUGUUCCAGUUCUGUUUCUGCUCACUUCCAGAUUAUCUAUGCUGCAAGUUUAAGUAUGUUUCUUCUUCUCAGCAUCCAUUAAUCAUGGCUUCUCAUAUUUCUUUGUGGUCACCCAGGGUCCAGAGCAAGGCGUCUUGUUCUAUACAAAUGAAUCUGUAAAAUAGAGAGCCCGUUUGGCCUGAGCAUAAAACUUUUGUUCCAGUAAUGUGGCCCUAUUUGUGUAAUCCAAAUCAGAAAGGAUGUGGAAACUAUGAUGUAGUUCAAACUCUGGGCAGCCUCUGAAUGAAAUGCUGUUUUCUGCAGAAAUAUGGUAGCUGCCUUCAUUAUGAGGGUGUAGAGCUAAUACUUAAUAUGCCCUAUAAAUGUUUUCAGUGUUCUUCAGGGUAAUUGGGAUCUCAAAAGAUUUGGUUCAGAUCCAAACAAAUAUACAUUCUGUGUUUUAACUCAGUGUUUUUUAAAAAAAAGAAAAUGCCACACAGCAAGAAGUGUUUACUAUGUUGGAUGGACCAAAUCGGUUCUCAAAAAAUGACUGGUGCUUAUAAAAACUAGUCUUCGGUAGCUCCAAAACAAAUCACCCGAAUGCGCAUGACCAGGAGGGAAAUCAGCCUGUUCAGUAUUUACAUGGACACCAGUUUCAUAAUCACUGACUUACCUGGAAACUGGUGCAGAAAUUCUGCAAACACUUUGCUGUUUUUGAUACCGCUUUUUUUGUUGUUUUGUUUUGUAAAAAUGAUAAAAAGUUCGAAAAAUAAAAUGUCAGUGUUGAAGAU